AGCCGGAGGAAGGAGGAAGAGGGGGGAGCAGUCCUCCUGGAAAAGCGUGAAGGUCUGGUUUGGCUGUGCGCUUUUACGCACAGACCGCAGACGGUGAGCGGACCUGUGAGCGGAUCAGUGAGGAGCUGAAAGAAUCCUGUUCCAAACUCAGCCAAUCAGACCUGCCUUCAGCUCACCGUGGCCUCAUUAUCUCGACCUUCUCACAAGAACUCCUCCAGAUCUCCAUCAUUUAAGCUGCUGCCACAUAUAACUUGAACCCUGAUGCAUCAAUUAUUCACAUCUUUGCAUGGACUUUCUGACUGGAGAGUUAUCAGGGUCAUCGCCUUACACCUGAGCAUCCACCUGUGACAUACACAUUCCCAUGUGAGGAUUCAUGCGCACACAUCCACAGCUAAAACAGACACAGAUCGUGGAUUCUGCAGCGCACGAUCUCAGUGAUGCAAGAGAAGGUAGGCAGAGGCCAACCAUGAGGCUGUGAACUCCUGUCCUCCUCCUCCUCCUCUCACAGCUCCUCUUCAUCACCAUGCCUCUGAAAGUGGGACCCAGCGGUGAGAGCGUCACCCCCCACCUCUGGAUGCUGCUGUGCCUGAUGGUGUGUGCUCUGGUCCUGGUCAGAGGCUCCACGUUGAGCCCCACCGUGUUGCAGAGCACCACUGUCACGCCGGAGAACUGGACCAGCACCCUGGUCCAGCUGCAGCCAGACCUGCAGACUGAAGCCCAGACACUGGCAGAAGCACAGACAGAAGCACAGACGGAGAUGGUGACUCAGAGCAUCACCAACAACUAUACAGGUCUGUCCUGUACUCCUGUCCUGCCACCUCGCCGGGGCUCCUUCUAUGUGGAGAUCGGCACAGGAGUGUCCAUCGGCAGUGUGUUGGCCUUCUGGUGUAGAGAGGGAUACCAGCUGGUCGGCAGCGACAAGAUCUACUGCAGCGUCAGGAACGGCAAAGCACAGUGGAGCAACUACCUGCCUGUCUGUGAAGCAAUUCCCAGGCCAGAGGACCGUGGACUGAGAGUGGCUGUACUGGCUUCAGUUGUGAGCGGCAUCGUCAUCCUCGCCAUGUCCCUGUCCUUCCUCAUCUGCUGCCUGCAGGAGCGAUCCAGCCGGGACCGAGCCAAGAAAGAAGGACGGAGCAGACGCAGAGAGAAGCGAUCGGCCCGUCGCAGCGAGUGCUGGCUGGAGAAAGAAGAGGGUGAGUGGGAAGCCUUCCCCCCACCCAAGAUCUUCCACCUGUCCCAGAGGAUGAACCCCCGUCUGGCUCCUGACAGCCCCCUGUACCUGACUGGAGGCCUCAGUGGAUAUGAGAACAGAGGAUAUCAGAGGAGUCAGGAGAGUUUGCUGAAGGCCUCCCUGCCUGGGCUGUACCGCUCCGACUCUCAGCUCUACCCACACGUCGUCCUCCAGAGGGUUCCAACUCCAACUGCCCCAUCGGCCCCUUCUGCUCCAUCUGCCCCCCUCUACCUCCACCUGCCCUCGUCCUCUUCUACCACCUCUUCACCCGCCCACAACCCCAACCAACGCCAGCUGCACAUGAUGGCCCAGUACCCAACACCCACAUACCCGCCCAACCCCAGCACAGCCGUACCCGCCUACCCCCACCCAACACCAGCGCCUAUCUACCCCAACCCUAACCCCACACCACAGAGGCCAUGGCAGUAGCUACGUCGUCCACUGUCCACAUUUCCAGACCACUGUGCUGUUCCUGCUGAAGACGCCGAAGGAACAAACCAAGCGAAAACGUCACCGGCACGUUUUGGAGACACACGUCUUUUUGCUCUGUCUUAUCGCUGUUUUCUCCUACGGAAGUCUGCAAACGCCAGAAGUAGACAUGAAAGAAAGGCACAGAAAUGGACAUACAGCGAGUGUAGAUGUUCCCCCUUUUACUGCAUGCUUGAUGAACUUCUCCUGCAGUUUCAACUAGAAGUGGAUGAGUUUUUCCCCUCAAUUCUUACUGAACUACUGCUGCUGAACCUUCUGCAAGUGAAGGUCUUGAGUGAAAAUCCUGCUCUUUUUUAACUGCAAGAUCUUACAAGAAACCUUCAUGCAGCCAGUCAACAAAGGGACACAGAGUUGUAAUUUAGAGUGCACUAAUUCACUUCUUGAAACCUGCAAUGACAGAGUUAUUUAGGCAGCUCUCAGAAAUGCUAGAUUUUUUACUAGUUAACUGAUUAGAGAAGGAUCCCUGCUAGUCCUCCUGAGGUCCAGUUAAUCUAAUCUACACCUAAACGAACUGACAGAUAUUUAUUUUUUGACUUAACUCCUGGAAUCUCACACCUUUUUGACCAGAGCCAUGUGUGAUGUAGUGAAAGCUGUUCACGUUCAAACAUUCUGAUAUUUUCUCACACUGCGUGGGGAAAACAGGCAUAUAUGGGUAAAUUGCCGCUGAAUGGAGGCAAUUUGUCGAUGUUUGUAUGGAUUUAAUAAGGCCGUGAUCAUUUUCUCUCUCACCCAAACUAAACAUGACUUUUUUUGUUCUGCCUUUGUCUGUUUGUUUUUCUCUGUCACACCUCUUUGUGUUACAUAAUUAUUUUUGACAAAAGCUUGCUUUGUGGCUGGUGGUUUGAAUGUUAAAAUAUUCUGGCAUUCAGGGGCAGAGAUGGGUUUGUACACCUGCAAUAAAUGGAAAUGAUUAAAUUAAAUCAACAAGCCUGAGCAGUUUUGAGCUCGAUAUGGAGAACAAAAACAAACUUUGUUUCUAAGAUUGUGAUGUAAGUAACAUUCCCGAUGUUAUAGCAAACAUAAGGACGCCAGACACACUGUGAGAUUGCAGCUUUGUCCGCGAUGCACUGGAAACUGCACUGAAUUGACAUGCAAAGUUUAAGCAGUGGGAUGGAAAAACAUCUUAACCUCUAACCUUUGUUGUCCCUUUGCAUUAUAUACAUGCAUUUAAAUCAUAAACCCUGUUCAAGUCCCCUUCUUAUUUUUAAUAGAAGAACUUGAGUAGAAACACUAAUAAAUCUGCACUUUUAAUUUUUUUAAACUGAACUGAGCAGUCUUAGGUAUUUGUUUUACUGUAAAGUAUUUGUUGCAUAAAAAUGAGAUUGCCAUAGACGCUGAAUAAAGAGAUUUUUGUUUAGCAUGACAGUUCAGCUCGUGUUUUCAGUGAGCACUAUUUCUGAGCGAAGAGGAAAGGAUGGUGCAAAAGAAGACGAUGAAAAGAGGGACGGAAAAUACAGUGAGAGACGGACCUCGUUCAUCACUGUGACAGUUGAAAAUGAGGAUGUGGCCUCAUUUGCCUGCAGAGUGACACUGACACACGAGGAGUGGUUCGUCUGCUCACACUGGACUUCAGUGACAGAACAGAGCUGUAGAUGCUGAUACUACAUGUGCAAGAAGCUGGCAAGUUGAUGUGUUGUAGCAGCAAAUGUUAACUAAAUAAAGGUUAUUUGGACGAUCUAGGGGAAAAAAUGUUGGA